CGCUCCCAUGAAAAAUCACCAGUGCCCGUUAAAAAUUAAAGGAGUGGUGCUGGAAUUAUCUGGAAUUAUGGAUUCGUUUAGGAAGUUUAUGUUCUUUAGAUCUAUUAAAAUUAUUAAUGAUAAUUCAUGAUUUCUGUAGGCAUGUUUUAGACUGCAUCAAGAUUAAUUCUCGACAUGUGAAAACUCUACAAAUAUUCUGUAUAUAAUCAAAAGAAAGUUUGGUAUAGAUUAACAUCUGCACCAAGAUAAAGAAAAAAAAAACGUAUUUGAAUAAUUUCUGUUAUUCUUUUUAAAACGCACUGCAUCAACAAUUUUACAUAACUUAUUAUCAUACUGGAAACCAGUCACAAAAUGAUAACUGCUUCAAAUUGAAAAGCUUGAACUUUGAAAAUUUCAAACCUAACAGAAUCUCAUUAGGCCAAUAGCCAAAGGAAUUCUGUGUCUUUGCGUGUGAAUGUUGGGCAAUGAGGACUUACAGUAAUGUAAAAAGUUAAUGUUCCAAUUCCAAAUUUAAUUACAAUAGACUUUAGUUAUACAAUAUUUUCAAAACUCAUAAUAAUACAAAAAAAUGAAAUAAAAAAAAAAAUUAAAAAAAAAUCUGGCCCAGGUGAGAUUCGAACUCACGAUCUCUGGAUUACAACGCGAACUCGCUAACUACUACACCAUUGUGGAGUUAUGACGUCAUGAGACAAACAUAAGUAUAUAUAAUAAAGUUCAGUAAUGGCAGCGUGACGAAAGUCGUUUCAAAAUGAAAAUAUUGUGUUUUAUUUCUUUUUUUCUUCGUAGAAAAUGUAUUUAGCAUUUAUUUCUUAUUAUCAAACGCUCAUUUGCAUUUUUAUUCAAUAUUCAAAGCAGUAAGCGAGACGCUUUUGUCAACCGUAAACAGUAAGCGUCUACUGACGUCUUUACUGAUUAAUUACUAUGUGCAUAGUGUACUUGAAAAAAUCCGAACAACACCGAUUCCAAAAAGUACCACGAAUUUUCAACUCGAUAGUAUACACAAUUAGAUCUCUCUAUUCAUUUUCUUUUUCAUACGUUUAACCGUAAUGCGACGCUAUCGGCGCCGCUUCGCGGCGCCGGUAGCUCUGCUAUUACUUCUUUGGUCUUGGUAACUGUUCAUUCUGAAACACAAUUGAAAUCACAGGCUUACAGGUUCAAGAAAGUUCCAGUGUCUGGCAGUGGUUGUGUAUCUUUUCAAGAAAGUUAUUUAAUAUCUACACCUGAUUUUGGAUGCUGAUCAGACUAUGUAUUUAUAAAAAAACAAGCUGAUUUAAAUUGUGUGUAUGAGAUACUUGUACUUUAGUGAAUUAGAAUGGCUGCUUCAAACCAGGCAGUAUAUUUGAUGGAAGGAGGCUAUCCAAAAGAAAUCUUCAGAAAUGGGACUUUUGACUUAAAAUACCUUUGUAAUUUUUGCAAUGCUAUUUUGCGAGAACCAGUGCAAUCAUUUUGUGGCCACAGAUUUUGCAAAUCAUGUAUGGAAGCUAAUAUAAGUUCUGGUGAACAGAUAAAAUGUACUCAGUGUGAAAAAGAGGAUGUUGAAUCAGGAGAUGCAAGUAUUAUCUCGCCAGAUCAGAUAUUUCCAGACAAUGCUAUCAAGAGAGAGAUGUCAAAGCUUAAGGUUGAUUGUGCAAAUGCUAAUUGCAAAUGGAGUGGGAGUUUCAGACAGUAUGAGGAGCAUUAUCAUUUUUGUGAAUUCAAAAAGGUGCAAUGCCCAAGUUGCGGACUGAGCAUUCUUCAGAAAGAUAUGGGGGUGCACUUAGAGCGUGAUUGUAAAAAAAUCAAAGUUACUUGUGAUGAAUGUGGUCAAGAGAUUUUAAGAGAAAUGUUAAACCAACAUCAGCAAAGUGAAUGUCAGACACAAAAAAUAAAGUGCCCUGUAGGAUGUGGAGAGAUUGAGCGGAAAAAUUACUAUGAGCAUUAUCACCAAAAGAAACAUGAUGUCUGGGUGGUGCAAGAAAUUGGAAAGAUUAAUGCGACUCUUAAAGAGCUCCAUACAUCAGAUAGUAGGCUUCAACAACAUGUGUCCGAAAGUACAGCAGUUACAACACAGAUGAAUGAAAAACUUGCGGUAUUGGAGCGUCAGGUACAAGGACUUCAUAACCAACAGAGUGAAUCCGGAAACGUUACUGCAAUAAGCGGGGUGCCAAAUAUCGACAUGAAAAUUAGGCAAGCUAUUGAAUUACAACUGCAGUCAGUUAAUGAAAGAUUAGAUGUAAAAACGGGAACGUUUGAGGGGAUUGCUAGUGCACUGCACAGAGAGCUGGAAAAAACAAUCACAGCUGUUGAGAAACUUGAAAGGCACAGACGGGAAAUGGAAACGCAAAUAGAGCAGAACCAAAAUAAAAUUCGAUCCCUAGAAAGAAGUCUAGCACUGAAGGACAUGACGAUGGCGGAAUUAGAACUUAAAGCACAAUCGAUGGAAGCCGCAAGCUAUGACGGUACAUUCAUGUGGAGAGUGCAUGAUUUUAAUAAGAAGCACCAGGAUGCUCUACAUGGCCGAACCAUCAGCAUCUACUCACCACCAUUUUACACUACUCGUAGAGGAUACAAGAUGUGUGCCAGACUCUAUCCAAAUGGAGACGGUAUGGGAAAAGGUUCACAUCUGUCCUUGUUUUUCGUGGUCAUGAGGGGAAACUAUGAUGCACUUUUGAAGUGGCCGUUUAGUCAACGGGUGACCUUCUGUAUGAUUAACCAAACUGGCGGUGAACACGUGAUUGACUCGUUUAGACCAGACCCACAAAGCUCGUCAUUCAAGAGACCGACUUCUGAUAUGAACAUAGCAUCAGGAUGCCCGCUGUUCAUCCGGCUAGAGAUGUUACAGAACCCUAAUCAUGGUUUUCUGAAGGACGACACGUUAUUCCUCAAAAUAGCUGUUGAUACAAGUGAUCUUACUGACCCAGUAUCAAAUUUCGAAGACAGAAUUAAACCAGUUCAGGCUUAGAAAUGUUUGCUUGGCAGUGUCACUUUGCUUUAAGUCAUUAAGAUAUUGUCUCAAAAACAAAAACAAAAACAAAUCCCCGCCGUUACAUGACUGAAAUACUGUUGAAAAACGGCGUUAAACCAAAAACAAACAAAAACAAAAACAAAAUAGACUGACAACCUUACAGGAAUGUGUAGGAUUACAUUUUACCAACUUUAUUAGCCCACCAUCAUCAGAUGGUGGGCUAUUCAAAUCACUCUGCGUCCGUGGACCAUCCAUCCGUCAUUCCGUCCGUUAACAAUUUCUCGUUAUCGCAUCUCCUCAGAAACUACUGGAGGAAUUUUGACCAAACUUUGUAAGAAUGAUGUAUUGGUAACCUAGUUGUGUCCCCCUGAAAAUCAGACUGGUUCAACAAUUUUUGAGUGAGUUAUGGCCCUUUGUUUAUUUUUAUGAUUUACAUAGAUUUAUAUAGGAAAAAACUUUGAAAAUCUUCCUGUCAAAAACCACAGGGCCUAGGGCUUUGAUAUUUAGUAUGAAGCAUCAUCUAGUGGUCCUUUACCAAGAUGAUUCAAAUUGCUGAGUAUAUCCCUUGGGUCAAAUAUGGCCCCGCCCCGGGGUCACAUGGUUUAUAUAGACUUAUAUAGGGAAAAACUUUGAAAACCCUCUUGUCCAAAACCACAGGACCUAGGGCUUUGAUAUUUUGUAUGUGACAUCAUCUAGUAGUCUUCUACUAAGGUUGUUCAAAUUAUCCCCCUAGGGUCAAAUAUGGCCCCGUCCUGGGGGUCACAUGGUUUACAUAGACUUAUUUAGGGAAAAACUUUGAAAAUCUUCUUGUCUAAACCACAAAGCCUAGGGCUUUGACAUUUGUAAUGUAGCAUCAUCUAGUGGUUUUUUACCAAGUUUGUUCAAAUUAUCCCCCUAGGGUCAAAUAUGGCCCCGCCCUGGGGGUCACAUGGUUCAUAUAGACUUAUAUAGGGAAAAGCUUUUAAAAUCUUCUUGUCAAUAACCUACAACAUUCAAAUUUGGACCACAUGUAUGGUUUUGAAUGGCAAGAUGAACCUUGACAUGAGUUGACCUUGAUUUUGACCUAGUGACCUGCUUUCACAUUUCUGUAGCUACAGCCUUCAAAUUUGGACCACAUGUAUAGUUUUGUGCACUGAAAAAAACUUUGACCAUGACAUUGACCUAGUGACCUACUUCAUAUUUUUGAAGGUACAGGCUUCAAAUUUGGACCACAUGCAUAGUUUCGUGUUCCGAAAUGAAAUUUGACCUUGAUUUUGACCUAGUGACCUACUUUCACAUUUCUGUAGCUACAGGCUUCAAAUUUAGACCACAUGCAUAGGAUUGUGUACCGAAACAAACUUUGACCUUGACAUUGACCUAGUGACCUACUUUCACAUUUUUUAAGGUACAGGCUUUAAAUUUGGACCACGUGCAUAGAUUUGUGUUCUGAAGUGUAAUUUGACCUUGAUUUUGACCUAAUGACCUACUUUCACAUUUCUCAAGCUACAGCCUUCAAAUUUGGACCACUUGCAUAGUUUUAUGUACCGAAAUAUACUUUGACCUUAAGGUUGACCUAGUGACCUACUUUCAAAUUUCUCAAACUACAGCCUUCAAACUUGAUGCACAUGCAUAAUUUUGUGUACAAAGAACUUUGUCCUUGAAAUUGAUCUAGUGACCUACUUUCACAUUCCUCAAGCUACAGCUUUCGAAUUUGGACCACAUGCAGUGUUGUGUACGGAAAUGAAAUUUGACCUUGAGCUAGUCAGUAAGUCUUGAAAUUUGGAACACUCAAAAAUGGCACAUUGGUGGGCGCCAAGAUCACUCUGUGAUCUCUUGUUGUGUUCUGAAUUGAAAUUCGACAUUGAUUUUUAUCUAGUACCUACUUCCACACUUCUCAAGCUGCAGCCUCCAAAUUUGAAGCACAUGCAUAGUUUUGUAUACCGAAAUGAACUUUGACCUUGAAAUUGAUCUUGUGACCUACUUUCAAAUUUCUCGAGCUACAGCAUGGACCACAUGCAUGGACCACGUGCACAGUGAUGUGUACUGAAAUGAAAUUUGACCUUGAUUUUGACCUUGAGCUAGUCUUGAAAUUUGGAACAAUCAAAAAUGGCUCAAUGGUGGGCGCCAAGAUCACUCUGUGAUCUCUUGUUACUGUAGACAGACAAAUGAUUCAUAGUAUUCGAACUUGACUUUGAUUCAGCUCAGUAGAUUUUUAAUAACAACUCGUCUUUUUGUUUGGCUUUUGAUUUUUCUGAAGUGAAAACGAUAAGAGAACAGAUUAACAACUAACUUCAGAGAUUUACAAGUAAUUGAGUGCUUGGAAUGUUACCUUUCCUGAACAGACACAAUCAAGUCGGGUCCGACUGACAGUGAAACUGCCAGCAAAUUUGAUAACAGAUUUUUUGCAUAGUAUGUUAGAACUGAGAAGCAAACAUUUUUGACCUGAUGUUUUAAACAAACGUCUGUCUUAUAACUUUUUAAGUUAUAAAAAAAGACGAAUAUCAAACAGGGAAUAGACAUUAUAUUAAACAACAUCCAAAUCAGUAACGUGAUUAGAAAACAUAGCCAUAGGCACAGCUAAAUCUUUACACGACGUGUUACCGACUUGAGAAACAUUCAUUUUCGCUAAAAGAAAGAACAUCAUCCAAUAAGACGUUACAAAACGACACAACACAUUACCAUGUCCAUCUGUUGCACGAUGUUCAUAUUUCUUAGGAUAUUACAUGAAUAUGUGUCCUAUAACAAUUGUAAAUAUAUGUCAGUGUUGAUUUGUAUAGUCCGCUGGAAAUACGUAUAGGUAAGUAUGGUAUUAUCGUUAUUAUCACAUUUACUUAAUUAAUUACUUACUUAAUGGUUUUUAGCUCGACUUUUCGAAGAAAAAGUAGAGCUAUUGUACUCGCCCCGGCGUCGGCGUCGCCGUUGGUUAAAGUUUUUGUUAAAGUCAAAUAUCUCUGUUACUAUCAAAGCUAUUGACUUGACUCUUAAAAUAGUUAUUUACUAUCAAAGUGUACCACGGGAGAAACAGUCCCCAUAACUCUGAUUUGAAUUAUGACAGAAUUUUUCCCUUUUUUAACUUAGAAUUUUUGGUUAAAGUUUUUUUAUAAAGUCAAAUAUCUCUCUUACUAUCAAAGCUAUUGACUUGAAACUUAAAAUUAUUAUUUACUAUCAAAGUCUACACCAAGUUAAACAAUCCCCAUAACUCUGGUUUGAAUUUUGACAGAGUUAUGCCCCUUUUUAACUUAAAUUUUUUUGUUAAAAUUUUUGAUAGUCAACUAUCUGUUACUAUUAAAGCUUUUGACUUGAAACUCAAAGUAGUUAUUUACUAUCAAAGUCUACACCAGGAGACACAAUUCCCAUAACACUGAUUUGAACUUUGACAGAAUUAUGCCCCUUAUUAACUCAAAUAUCUCUGUUACUAUCAAGCUUUUGACUUGAAACUUAAAAUACUUGUUUACCGUCAAAAUCUACACCAGGAGACACAAUUCUUAUAACUCUGAUUUGAAUUUUGACAGAAUUAAGUCCCUUUUUAACUUGGAUAUUUUUUUACUGGCAAAGCUCUAAUUCAAAGUAAAGCACUGAGAAAAGUCGAGCGCGCUGUCUUACAGACAGCUCUUAUUAAAAGAAGUUUAGUUGCAUUUUCGUUUCAUUUCGUUAAAUAACUAGUACCUUAUAAUUGAGGUCUGGGCCUUUCGUGAUCAUGUCGUUAAAGCCCUGCUUGUAUUUCUGUGUAUGGAACCUAUGAUUACAAUAGGUAACAGCUAACGGCCACACGUUAGCACGCAAAACUACAGGUAUUGUUUAUAGAAAUCUAUAUAAAAUGGAUUCUACUUUGACAGGCGUCACUGUUCAUAGUCAGGAUUUUCAUGCUUUUUAGUGACAAAGGUUAAAUUGUAGGAUUGGAGCAGGUCUUUAAGUCACUUGCCCCUCAACCAUGUUGGCUUUAUAUGUAGAAGUGUUCAUGUGACGAAACCUUCCAGCUUGCUUAUAAAACGUCGGUGGUUCUACCAAGGUGCCCGAUUGUGCCUGAAAAAAAAUGCACGAAGACUUCCUGCAUUAUCAAAGCUGGAUGAGCGCCAUAUGACCUUCAUUGCCACGGUGUGAUUUAAACUCCAACAAAAAUAAGUACGGAUGCAAAAGAAGGGCAAAGAUUUAUGCGUUUUUGAGAAUUUUCGGCCGCUUAUUAUUCUCUUGAAUAUAAGUUGUUAGGUCAAAUCUGACUUUAACUUGCAAAAUGAAAAAUAACCAUUAAUAUGACAGUAUGCUGUAAUUAAAGGCAACAUGAAAUACGAAGACGAGCAUAUGCAUGUAUCGUGAGGAGGUCUUCCGAGAUGUAUUUUGUGUCUGAAAAUAGGCAACGUCUCGACUCGUCAUACAUUUAUCGGUUGACUUUCCCGUUUGUCAGUCUUAUUUUAAGUUUUGAAAGAUCAGAUUAGGCAAAUCCAGAACUAAUGUUCUGUAUUGGAAUAAAUAUUACGAAAACUCGAAACUGUAAGCAUGUAAGUAAUAUGCAGUAAUGCAUUGUAUAGCUCAAACAAUGGUAUUGUAAAUAGGCCAAUUCGCAGCGUCCGUUGUUAUUUUAUUAUACAAAUCUAUCCAUUUAUGUACAGAUUUCUAUUUGUUACAAAGAUUAUAUACCCGUUUGACAAAACGGGACGUACUAUUCUGAUUUAACUUUUCUUUGGGAAGGGCUGCGUCGUCGACGUGGUGCAAAACCUUGUUUAAAGUAUCAAAAACUUGGGGCGUACAAUGUCCCGCUUUGCGGAACUCUUGUACUUGAAUAUAAAAGUGUUCGUAUGCAUCAUUAAAUUUCUUUAUGGUACUCCAUUAUGGGUCUUUAACUGGUUUUCUAAUUUUGAUUAUCGGGUCUUUAAAAUUAAAAGGAAUUUAUAAACACGAAUAAAACGCGUGGCGCGAAAUUAUCCAGGCGUGUGUAAAGUAUUGUUGUUUCAAAUCAGUCGACGGGCGUUACUGAUAGAAGAAAGUCGUUUGUGCGCUAAAUUUUUCUGGAAUAAAUCUGUAAAAGUGAGGCCGGAUAUAUAAUAUAUAAAUAUACUAAUGAUGUUUUAUUUAAAUAUAUAUAUAUAUAUAUAUAUAUAUAUAUAUAUUUUUUUUUUUUUUUUUUUUUUUUUGGUUCGCAUAUAUUUUAUUAUUUAGAAAUUCAUAUUUUUGAAAGAUAAAUAGCUCUUUUAUCAAAUUCCAAACAUGUGGUUAUUCUAAGUAACUUACAAUAUCUAUUUGAUGUCAUUUCAUGCACAUAUUCUAGUAGUUGUUUAAUACUAUGUUAAUCAUAUAUUAAUUAAUACAAUUGUAUGAAUCAUUAACAAUAAUUGUUAUAAAAUAAAGAUCAGUAACGCACCGCAUUCUUUGAAACCGUCACCAGUGUUGUUUUUUUUUCUUAUCACAGUAUAAUCAAGAAAUGUUUUAUUUUCGGACGAGCGUAACGAGGGAGAAAAUAAAAGCAGAAGAAUUACAUCUAUUUAUAUGAUAACUUGAUUUAUUUUUAAUUAUAAUAUUGUUAUUUUGAAUUCUGCUGUAUUGUAUAUUUUGAAUUAUAUUAUGCAUUCAUGAGUUCUUUUUAUCCUCUACGUUUUCAGAGUAGAUAUUUUUCAUGCCUGUUGUUUUAGUGAUAUGUUGCUAGAGAAAUUUGAUUACGCUUAUGUUUGGAUAAAAGUAAAACUGCAAGUUUAUUGGAAACAAGAUCUGUAAGAAGAUCCUUUGGAAGCAUAGAAAGCAACCAAGUAUAAUAAUAGCAGACUCGGUUUGAUUGAGUCUGUUCAUGAGAGGUAAUGGCAAGUGCAACACCCCUCACGCCCCCUAGCACCGGCAGCGGAACUAUACUACCAAUGAACAUUGAGUGGACACCAUGAUCUCUAAGGACCACUUGAAUUCAGGAAAAUUUUGUUACUGAAUGCAGGGAAAACGUUUUUAGCUCACCUGUCACAAAGUGACAAGGUGAGCUUUUGUGAUCGCGCAGUGUCCGUCGUCCGUCGUCCUUCCAUGCGUCCGUAAACUUUUGCUUGUGACCACUCUAGAGGUCACAUUUUUCAUGGGAUCUUUAUGAAAGUUGGUCAGAAUGUUCAUCUUGAUGAUAUCUAGGUCAAGUUCGAAACUGGGUCACGUGCCUUCAAAACCUAGGUCAGUAGAUCUAAAAAUAGAAUAACCUUGUGACCUCUGUAGAGGCCAUAUAUUUCACAAGAUCUUCAUGAAAAUUGGUCAGAAUGUUCACCUUGAUGAUAUCUAGGUCAAGUUCGAAACUGGGUUACGUGCCAUCAAAAACUAGGUCAGUAGGUCUAAAAAUAGAAAAACCUUGUGACCUCUCUAGAGGCCAUAUAUUUCACAAGAUCUUCAUGAAAAUUGGUCAGAACGUUCACCUUGAUGAUAUCUAGAUCAAGUUCGAAACUGGGUCACGUGCCAUCUAAAACUAGGUCAGUAGGUCAAAUAAUAGAUAAACCUUGUGACCUCUCUAAAGGCCAUAUUUUUCAUGGGAUCUGUAUAAAAGUUGGUCUGAAUGUUCAUCUUGAUGAUAUCUAGGUCAAGUUCGAAACUGGGUCACGUGCGGUCAAAAACUAGGUCAGUAGGUCUAAAAAUAGAAAAACCUUGUGACCUCUCUAGAGGCCAUAUAUUUCAUGAGAUCUUCAUGAAAAUUGGUCAGAAUGUUCACCUUGAUGAUAUCUAGGUCAAGUUCGAAAGUGGGUCACGUGCCUUCAAAAACUAGGUCAGAAGGUCAAAUAAUAGAAAAACCUUCUGACCUCUGUAGAGGCCAUAUUUUUCAUGGGAUCUGUAUGAAAAUUGGUCUGAAUGUUCAUCUUGAUGAUAUCUAGGUCAAAUUCGAAACAGGGUCAACUUCGGUCAAAAACUAGGUCAGUAGGUCUGAAAAAAGAAAAACCUUGUGACCUCUCUAGAGGCCAUACUUUUGAAUGGAUCUCCAUAAAAAUUGGUCAGAAUGUUCACCUUGAUGAUAUCUAGGUCAAGUUUGAAACUGGGUCACGUGCCUUAAAAACUAGGUCAGUAGGUCAAAUAAUAAAAAAAACCUUGUGACCUCUCUAGAGGCCAUACUUUUCAUGGGAUCUGUAUGAAAGUUGGUCUGAAUGUUCAUCUUGAUGAUAUCUAGGUCAAGUUUGAAACUGGGUCAACUGCGGUCAGAAACUGGGUUAGUAGGUCUAAAAUUAUUAAAAUCUUUUGACCUCUCUAGAGGCCAUAUUUUUCAAUGGAUCUUCAUGAAAAUUGAUCUGAAUGUUCACCUUGAUUAUAUCUAGGUCAGUUUCGAAACUGGGUCACGUGCAGUCAAAAACUAGGCCAGUAGGGAUAAAAAUAGAAAAACCUUGUGACCUCUCUAGAGGCCAUAUUUUUCAUGAGAUCUUCAUGAAAAUUAGUGAGAAUGUUCACCUUGAUGAUAUCUAGAUAAAGUUCAAAACAGGGUCACGUACCUUCGAAAACUAGGUCAAUAGGUCAAAUAAUAGAAAAACCUUGUGACCUCUCUAGAGACCAUAUUUUUCAAUGGAUCUUCAUGAAAAUUGGUCAGAAUUUUUAUCUUGAUUAUAUCUAGGUCAAAUUCAAAACUGGGUCACAUGAGCUCAAAAACUAGGUCACUAUGUCAAAUAAUAGAAAAAACGACGUCAUACUCAAAACUGGGUCAUGUGGGAAGAGGUGAGCGAUUCAGGACCAUCAUGGUCCUCUUGUUUAUUAUUGGCCAUAGGGAAAACACGAGACCAGUUUUCUGUGGUACAACAUGGAUGGUACCUCCAAUUUUUAGGUGUAUUUUAACAUGUCUAUACCUUGUAAGAUUUUUUUUCUUUUUGGUUAAAUUUCUUCCCUUUGUUGUUCCUGUCCUUUAGGCUUAGAUAUUUUUUCUGAGGACCUUCUUGCCCUCAAGUGCAAUGAUAACAGGUGAGCGAUAUAGGGCCAUCAUGGCCCUCUUGUUCUUAAGUUCGAAUAUUAUGAAUCAUUUUGUCUGUCUUUAAUACCUGAUUUCGUAGUUACAUUUUCCUGAAUACAUUCCAGUUUUGACACCCUGUAGCUAAAAUGAGAGGAGCAAACAUCUCAAACUUUGAACUUUAUUUUAUUUAUACGUUUAUUUUUGUUAGUGGGAUCAACUUGUUUUGUUAACCUAUAGAUUAGUCGAGGUUUUAUUCUGAAAACGUAGAGGAUGAAAAGAUAGAAUAUGCAUUAUGUCGAUAAUUUUCUUAUUGAUAGAUUAUCUUUGUAUAUUAAUUGUUUUAUGCAUAUGAAACUAUUUUGUGUUGAUAUAAAUAGUUAAGUACUGUUUUGUUAUUGGUAUUCCUCUUAUCCGCCAUUUGAAAUGUUUUUCUCAAGUGGUAAUGUUUGAGGUGAUGUAAUUGCUAUGUAAGUUGUGGUACUGAAUCUGUCAUUACAGAUCAUUCUAUCAUCAACUUACGUAUAUAGAAAAUUUCCAUAUUGUGUUUUGUUUUAUGUGCUUGCCCAAAGAGGUGAUUUUAAUGUAUUAAUUAUCAAAAAUUAAAGUAUUUGUUUACGUGGUAACUAAAUAUUGCUCUAUUAUAGAAAGUAUGUUGUAAAUAACAUUGCUUAAAUGUAGUCGUUGCCGAAAUCUAACAAUUAUUCCAUUAAAUGUCUUGUAUCCAGUUAGGAUGCAUCUGACCGAUUUAUCAUAGUUUCAAGUUUCAACUUUAUUCAUUUUCAUCCAGAAAGUCAGAGACUUAUGUGACAAUACAGAAAUAGAUAUAGAUAUGAAAAGUUGUAUUAAAAGUAUAUAUUCUAAUGACAUAUGAAAAUUCAUUUUCAAUAUAUUGUGUUUGUUUUAUUCAUUAUAUUUUUACAGGUACGUUUCAAUAGUUUGAAAAUAUGUAUUUAUUACAAACGUCUUGCCAUCCUUCAAUGGAUGUUGGAAAUAGCAUACCGCUUUAUGAUCUGGAAAGACAUAUACUUUGUACACGAACGCCUUCGUGGUUUAGUUCCUGCGCGUCUGAACUCUGAACCAUAACUCAAGCGGCAAACCACUUGAAGGCCUUCAUUAUUUGUUAAAUCUUACACUGCAACAAACACGUUUUCUUAUGUCGGUUGACAAGACUUGGCUGACACUGUGUUCCUUUAUUUGUAUGUUUGCUUUGUGUGUGUGUGGUGUGCGUGUGUUGGUCGUGUGCGCGUUUAGGGAGGUUGCGUUUUUAGAACGUAGCUUUCCCUGUUGGAUAUUCUUGUUGUGUUCUUUUACCAAGGAACACGUAAAUUUUAUAAUGGCGAAAAGAUAGUUAUCUGACGUGUUCUUAAAACGAAUGAAUUAGUAUAUUGACAUUACAUUUAUACAAGUAAUUAGUAUAAUAAAUAUUUGCAGACGCAAUACACUAUUUUUAAUAAUAUGAAUAUCUGCUAUUAAACACAGUUUAAAUACUUAUUUAUGUGGUUAUAUUAAAAGCAUUAACAUGCUUAAAGGGAUUUCGGUCAUUUCACAUUACAUUAAGUAUUCCAAAGUUAACUCUACAAUUUUUCAAAACAUGGUCUUUGAAACUUCUGUUUGUCAAAAUUUUUUCUCAACACAACAAAAAACAACAACAUUGGAUAGGAAAACUUUUAAACAACGACAGUAACCUCAUGUGCAGCAGCAUUUUUAGCUCGACUAUUCAUAGAAUAGUAGAGCUAUUGGACUCACCCAUGCGUUCGCGUCCGCGUCCCGAUUUGGUUAAGGUUUUGUAUGUAAGCUGGUAUCUCAGUAACCACUUGUGGGAAUGGAUUGAAACUUCACACACUUAUUCACUGUGAUAAACUGACCUACAUUGCACAGGUUCCAUAACUCUGUUUUGCUUUUUUACCAAAUUAUGCCCCUUUUUCGACUUAGAAAUUCUUGGUCAAGGUUUUGUAUGUAACAGUAAGCUGGUAUCUCAGUAACCACUUGUAGGAACGAAUUGAAACUUCUCACACUUAUUCACUGUGAUAAACUGACCUAUAUUACACAGGUUCCAUAACUCUAUUUUGCUUUUUUAGAAAAUUAUGUCCCCUUUUCGACUUAGAAAUUCUUGGUUAAGGUUUUGUAUGUAAGCUGGUAUCUCAGUAACGACUUGCGGGAAUGGAUUGAAACUUCACACACUUAUUCACUGUGAUAAACUGACCUACAUUGCACAGGUUCCGUAACUCUGUUUUACUUUUUUAUGAAAUUAUGCCCCCUUUUCGACUUAGAAAUUCUUGGUUAAGGUUUUGUAUGUAAGCUGGUAUCUCAGUACACACUAAUGGGAAUGGAUUGAAACUUCACACACUUGUUCACUGUCAUGAUCUGACAUGCACUGUGUAGGUCCCAUAACUCUACUUCGCAAUUUUUUCAAAAUUAUGCCUUUUUUUCGACUUAGCAGUUUUUAGUUAAGUUUUUGUAUGUAAGCUGGUAUUUCAUUAUCCACUUAUGGGAAAGGAUGAAAAUUUCACGCACUUGUUCACUUUAUGAGCUGAUAAGCAUUGUGAAGGUUCCAUAACCCAUUUUCCCAAUUUUACAAAAUUAUGCCCCUUUUUCGACUUUUGUAUUAUUCAAUUGACAAGGCUGUUGAAUAGUCGGGCGUUGCUGUCCUCCGACAGCUCUUGUUAUACAAAUGUUGAUCAGAUGUUGCGCAGCUUAUUAUCUGAACUAUAAUACAAUGGUUUAAUUGAUUACCGGACGCCUAGAAAACCCCUAGAUGCGGUUACUGGACGAUUAGAGCGUAGGCUAGGCGUCCGGUUACCUGACGGCUAAACUCUUUCAUAAGAAAAUGUGUUAAAUUGUCAUAGAAUACAUUAUAUUCUGCAUAAUCAUUAUAUUCUUAGCAGAAUUAGACGGAUUUUCAUGUUACAUAUGCAUACGAAAUUGAUUAUUCGAAAUAUUUAUUCAAAAAAUGUUUUGUCUGUUUGAUGUUUUUUCUUGAUCUAUGGCUUUAUCCGAAUUUUCACGUUUUAAAUUUUACGUGCUACGUUUUUAGUGUGAAGUAUUUUGUAUUUCACGUUUACUAGAUACUAAUCACAGUAAUGUAUUUUUAAUAGUUUACUGGUGGGAUUUUUCCGUAGCUUUGGCCCAGCAAACUGAUGUUGGAUAUUGUCCAGCCAUAUUGAGAAAACGGUUGACCGGCGAUUUAUAUAAUGAGUCGUGUAACAUUCAAAAUACUUCACACUACAAACGUAUUACCUGACGGCUAAAUUCUUUCAUAAGAAAAUGUGUCAAAUUGUCAUAUUAUUCAUAUUUCUCCUUAUGGAAAUAAAUACAUAUUGUACAUUAUAUUUUGUCGUAACUUAUCUUUCAGUAGUCAGAAAAAUGCGUUGUUCUAAAACCUUUUAAAAAUUAAAUGUUAAUAAACUGUU